GAGCUGUAGUCCGCGAUCACGGGAGGCACUGGGAGCUGUAGGGCAGAGUGCACUGGGGAGCGCUGGGAGCCGUGACCCGGUGUACUGGCUCGGCGGCGGCAGCAUGGGGGGGAUGCUGGCGCUGCCCCCGGGGAACGGACCCCAGCAGGUGGGCUGCACGGAUGUCAUGGUGGGCUCCACACGGCAGGGGCUCUUCCUCCGCCUCUUCUACCCGUGCCUGCCCCGUGCCGGGGCCGCGGAGCCGCUCUGGAUCCCGCGCUCCGAGUACUGCGGGGGYCUGGCCGAUGUCACCCUCGGCCGCCGCUGGUGCUCGGCCCUGCUGGGGAUCGCCAUCGGUUCCUGCAGGGUCCCGGUGAUCUGGAAUGCKCCUUUCAAGCCCCGCAGCAGCGGGUACCCCCUGAUCAUCUUCUCCCACGGCCUGGGAGCGUUUCGGACCUUGUACUCCUCUCUCUGCUCGGAGCUGGCGUCCUGGGGCUUYGUGGUGGCAGCGCUGGAGCACAGGGACGGUUCUGCUGCCACCACCUAUUUCUGCACGGCGGAGGCUGGCACAGAGGAGUGGAUCCCCUUCCAGCGGGUGCCCCGGGGGCAGAAGGAGUUUUAUUUCCGAAAUAAGCAGGUUCACCAGAGAGCGCAGGAAUGCGUGCGGGCGCUCCGGCUGUUCCGGGACAUCGCCGGGGGCAGAGCUGUCCCAAACAUCCUUCAGCAGGACUGGGAUCUCUCUGUKCUGAAGGACAGCCUUGAUCUGAGCAAAGUGGCCGUCAUGGGCCAUUCCUUCGGGGGGGUGACAGCGGUGCUGGCCUUGGUGAAGGAGCCCCAUUUCAGGUGUGCCGUGGCUCUGGACGCCUGGAUGUUCCCUCUGGAGAACCUGCUGUACCCCGAGGUGCCCAAACCCGUGCUCUUCAUCAACACCGAGAAGUUCCAGACCCCGCAGAGCGUUGCCAAAAUGCAGAGGCUGAGCUCCAGGAACAGCCAGACGAGGAUUGUGACCGUGCUGGGAACCGUGCAUGAGGACCAGACCGACUUUGCCUUUCUCCCCGGGAAGAUCUUCAGCCGCCUYUUUGGUGUGAGGGGCACCCUGGAGCCCCACAAGGCUCUGGCCAUCACCAGCCGGGYGGCUCUGGCCUUCCUGCAGCGGCACCUGGAGCUGCAGGAGGUUUUUGCUCAGUGGGACGAGCUCCUGGAAGGCGUCGGGGACUCGGUGGUUGGGGACACGCCGCUCUGCCGCUCUCGCCUGUAGCUGCUCCGAGGUCACUGCUGAGAGCUGGAAAAGCGACUCCUGGAAGGACAGGAGGAGCCUGAGGAGGGCAGGACCUGGGGACAGCGCUCGUGGGACACUCGAGGUGCUCAGGGAAUGUGCCCUCCCUGCUCAUGUGGCUGCACUGAGGGAAUAAAACCCCCAGGAAUAAACACUCAGUCGCUGAAUAACAAAACCACCGAGGGGUUUGGGGUGGAAGGGCCCUCAAAGACCAUCCUCACCUUCACUGAGGGCUGGGGGUG